GCGCUGCGUUAAACAGGACGCGAAACAAACUUCACUUUCAAUGGAUGUUUGUCAUGUUAUGAGGAUUUAUGUUAGUCGAAAUUACAGCAGUACAGUGAAGGGAGUCCUCUCGGGCGCUCAGAUAAGGUGUCCUUCAGCAUGUCAUUAGUUUAAGACAAUUAACGUGAUGUUUUAGGGCAAUGGAGAGUGAGCAGUCAGAAAAAUUUGGAGGCGGCGGAGGCGAUUCUUCAGGUUCAGACACGCUGUCAGACACCGAUACACAAGCCGAGCCUUAUGAAUCCGAACUAAUGUUAGACUUGGAAGAAUUUAAACAUCACUGCUCAGAUUUUGUAGGUCUUGAAGAAAAAGUGAAGGGAAGUGAUUCUGAUGAAUGCAGCGACGAGAUAAAAGCGAGAAACGGGGACCAUCAGGAAGAAGGAGAAAAUGAAGGGGACGAGGACGAAAUGCCGGAUAACAUCCUUUACCCCCCCUCCAUGCCCUUCCGCAAGUCCAGCAACCCAGAGGUUUCUCACGGCUCCAGUUUAGCGUUGAAAUUUAAGCGACAGCUCAGUGAUGACGGCAGACAGCUCCGGAGAGGAAGCCUAGGGGGCGCUCUUACAGGGAAGUACCUGCUGCCCUAUGCCUCAACCCAGCAGACAUGGUCCGCUACGGGCUCAGAGACCACCAACCUGGUGCGCAUGCGCUCCCAGACCCUAGGCAAAUCUGCACCCUCUCUCACGGCAAGCCUGAAAGAGCUCAGCCUUCCCAGACGAGGAAGCCUCUGCAGAACGAGCAACAGAAAAAGUCUGAUAGGGAGUGGACAGUCAUCAGCCCUUCCUCGACCACACUCACCUCUGUCAUCACACACAGGCACCAGUCCACAAGACAGCCCUAGAAACUUCUCCCCUAGUGCUUCAGCUCAUUUCUCCUUCACACGCAGGACUGAUGGGCGACGCUGGUCCUUGGCAUCCCUUCCCUCCUCUGGCUAUGGAACAAACACACCCAGCUCCACCGUCUCUUCGUCCUGUUCAUCACAGGAGAAGCUCCAUCAGCUGCCUUUCCAGCCAACACCAGAUGAGCUCCACUUCCUGUCCAAGCAUUUCUACACAGAGAGCGUUGCUGGAGAUGACCUCAGGAGAGCUACGCCUAUGCGGCCACGUUCCCGCAGUCUAAGUCCUGGAAGAUCCCAAUCGUGCUGUGACCAUGAGAUUAUCAUGAUGAAUCAUGUGUACAAGGAAAGAUUUCCCAAGGCCACAGCUCAAAUGGAGGAGCGCAUCAAGGAGAUCAUUCGAAGCAACUCCCCUGAGAAUGUCUUGCCUCUGGCUGAUGGUGUCCUCAGCUUCGCACAUCAUCAGAUCAUUGAGCUGGCCAGAGACUGCUUGGAAAAGUCCCGUCUCGGCCUCAUUACCUCACGAUACUUCUGUGAGCUCACGGAUAAACUGGAAAGGCUCUUUCAGGAGUCAACUGAGCGAUCGGAAAGUGCAGAGGUGACCUUCAUCAAGGAGCUGGUGAAGAAGAUUCUCAUCGUCAUCGCCAGGCCUGCUCGACUCCUUGAAUGUCUGGAGUUUGACCCUGAAGAGUUUUAUCAUCUCCUGGAGGCUGCAGAGGGUCAUGCCAAAGAGGGCCAAGGCAUCAAGACCGACAUCCCACGCUACAUUAUCAGCCAACUUGGUCUGACAAGGGACCCACUUGAGGAAAUUGCCCAGUUAACUAGCUACGACAGCGGGAUUGCAGAAACUCCUGAGACGGAUGAGUCUGUCAGUUCCCACAGUUUGAGCGCAGCACUGCGGUCCCGGCGUAAACCCUGUGAGCUUGACUUUGAGAUGAUCAAAGUGAUCAGUAAUGGGGCUUAUGGUGCGGUUUAUUUAGUGAGACACAAAGAGACAAAACAGCGUUUUGCCAUGAAGAAGAUUAACAAGCAGAACCUGAUGCUGAGGAACCAGAUCCAGCAGGCCUUUGUGGAGAGAGAUAUCCUGACUUUCGCUGAGAACCCUUUUGUGGUCAGCAUGUACUGCUCUUUUGAGACUCGUAGACAUCUUUGCAUGGUUAUGGAGUAUGUUGAAGGAGGGGAUUGUGCCACGUUGCUGAAGAACAUGGGUCCUCUCCCUGUGGACAUGGCUAGAAUGUACUUUGCCGAGACUGUGUUAGCCCUGGAAUAUCUCCACAACUAUGGAAUCGUCCAUCGAGAUCUCAAACCAGACAAUCUGUUAGUCACUUCAAUGGGACACAUCAAGCUGACAGACUUUGGCCUAUCGAAAGUGGGGCUGAUGAACAUGACCACUAACCUCUAUGAGGGUCACAUUGAGAAGGAUGCUAGAGAGUUCUCUGAUAAACAGGUGUGUGGAACACCGGAGUACAUUGCACCAGAAGUAAUCCUAAGGCAAGGUUAUGGGAAGCCAGUGGACUGGUGGGCAAUGGGCAUCAUCCUCUAUGAGUUCCUGGUGGGCUGUGUACCAUUCUUUGGAGACACUCCAGAAGAACUGUUCGGCCAGGUCAUCAGCGAUGAAAUAAACUGGCCGGAGGGAGAGGACGCGCCGCCAGCUGAUGCUCAGGAGCUGAUCACACUACUGCUCAGACAGAACCCUCUGGAGCGCCUCGGCACUGCAGGAGGGGCGUAUGAGGUCAAGCACCAUCAGUUCUUUCACAGUCUGGACUGGAACAGCCUGCUGAGGCAGAAGGCAGAGUUCAUCCCCCAGCUGGAGUCUGAGGAUGACACCAGCUACUUUGACACACGAUCUGAUAGGUACCAUCACUUGGAAACUGAGGAGGAGGAGGAUACCAAUGACGAAGAUUUCAAUGUGGAACUGCGGCAGUUUUCCUCGUCUUCACACCGAUUCUCCAAAGUUUACAGUAGUUUGGAUCUGUCUCGAGGACAGCUGGAAGAGAAAGGAGAACAGCCAGAGAAGACAACAGACAGUCCUCUCACUGUUGACUCACUGAGCUGGACUCCAGACUUCACUGAGAUCCCCUCUCUCUCUCAUUCAUCUGACACUGAGAGCACCAGCUUGAGCAGAUGCUCCGGUCUUCUUCCUAAGUUUGCCAUCUCUGCAGAAGUUGAGGACGGUGAGGGCUCCCUGGCUCUGGAAGACCCCAGUAAAGUGACCUUUAGUAUUGGGGAGUUGCCUCAAGAUGAGCCUGAUCCCACCACUCCCUGUAGCGCCAUCAGUAACUCCACCCUCUCAGGCAGUUUCGCUGAGCACCUGGAUCAGGCGCCCUCACGGGGAGAUGGAGUGGAGAGUCUGGACAGCUCCUGUAAGCCCUCCUCUGAUACAGCCUCCUUCCUGACUGCUCCCAAACCUGAGGCCACAGAAAAGCAGUGUGCAGUCAGCAAAGUCCCAAAAUCAGUGUCCACCAGCGCCCUGUCACUCAUGAUUCCUGGAGAUGUUUUUGUUGUGUCACCAUUAGCAAGUCCCAUUUCUCCAUAUUCGCUGUCAUCAGACCCAUCCUCUAGAGACUCCUCCCCCAGCAGAGACUCCUCCCUCAGUGGCGUCAUCUGUCGUCAGCCAAUCAUCAUCCAUAGCUCAGGGAAGAAAUUUGGCUUCACUCUGCGGGCGAUCCGGGUGUAUGCCUGUGACAGUGAUGUUUAUACAGUAUAUCACAUGGUCUGGAAUGUAGAAGAUGGUGGCCCUGCUCACAAGGCUGGUCUCAAGGCUGGAGACCUGAUCACUCAUGUGAAUGGAGAAACCGUUCAUGGGCUGCUUCACACUGAGGUGGUGGAACUAUUGCUAAAGAGUGGAAGUAAAGUCACAAUAUCCACAACCCCUUUUGAAAACACUUCUAUCAAAACUGGUCCAGCUAGAAGAAAUAGUUACAGAAGCAAAAUGGUGAGAAGAACCAAGAAGCCAAAGAAAGAGAAAACUCAAGAAAGGCGGCGUUCAUUGUUCAAACGUUUUGCCAUGCAACCCUCUCCACUUUUACACACCAGCCGUAGUUUCUCCUCGCUAAACCGCUCACUGUCUUCAGGAGAGAGUCUACCUGGAUCUCCCACACACAGCCUCUCACCACGCUCCCCCACAGCUGCCUUUCGCCCAACACCUGACUUCAACCAGUCAGGUGGCAAUUCAUCACAGAGUAGCUCCCCCAGUUCCAGCGCACCUAACUCACCAGCAGGCUCUGGCCACAUCCGACCCAGCACUCUGCAUGGCCUGGGUCCCAAACUACCUGGACGUUUACGUCAGGGUCGACGUAAAUCCGCAGGGAGCAUUCCCCUCUCACCAUUGGCUCGCACACCCUCCCCGACCCCUCAGCCUCAGCCGACUUCUCCUCAGCGGCCCCCAUCUCCCUUGUCGACUCACGCUAUGGGAAAUGCCAAAACUUCUCAGGUCUUCCCUGCCAAAAUGCACUCACCCCCCACUAUUGUACGACAUAUGGUGCGACCUAAAAGCGCAGAGCCUCCUCGGUCCCCGCUCUUGAAGCGAGUUCAAUCCGAGGAGAAACUUUCCCCCUCUUAUGCUGGUGACAAAAAACAUUUGUGCACCCGAAAGCACAGUUUGGAAGUCACCCAAGAGGAGUCUCAAGGGGAGGCCUCAUCUAGAGGGGAGCAUAUCCCACCAUGCAUAGAGGAGAGCACUUCCUGUGAGCCACCCACUAUUACUCGGGUAAGGCCUGCUGAGCAGGGUUGCCUGAAGCGGCCUGUUUCUCGCAAAGUUGGUCGACAGGAGUCAGUAGAGGAGCUAGACAGGGAGAAGCUGAAGGCUAAAGUGGUGGUUAAAAGGCAGGACUGGCCUGAGAGACGAGAGUCUGUGCAAAAACAAGAUACCGUGCAAGAUGUGGAAGGUGCUGCUGAUGAAGAUAAGGAGUGGAUUGUCCUUACACGUCCCAGUUUGAGACCCCAGGGUUCUGAAUCUGGAUCCCUGGACAAGUCUACAAAUGCUACUUUGAAGGAUGUCCUCUACAAAAAACUAAACCCAAGAGUCUGUGAGAGCAUAGCUGAGUCUGUCACUAGUGCAGAAUGUGUAUCACUUUUAAGUGAGAAUUUGAGGUCGCCGCCUUGUCAAUCAGAGCGACAAAUGUCUCGGUCGAUGAAGGAAAGUAAGCCGGAGAGAAUAGAUUUCAAAGCCUCCAACAUGGAGUUUGUCAGAAAGAGACAAUGCUUUGAGGAUAGGGAGGAAUCCUUGUGUCGAAUAUCCUCUGGUGUUCAUGAAAGCAUUCAUUUCAACACCACAAGGUCCAAAAGUCUUCAGCUGGAUUCUGCGUUAGCUUUAGAACAUGUUAAAGGGGGCAUGUGCAACAUCCAUGCCACUACUGAAACUUUGGCGCCUAAGUUUUUUAGUGGGAGAGGAGAGAGCGCAGUAGAAAAACUUCAGAUGAUUGCUUCUGAUGGUCCUAUCAGGAAGACCUCCUCGGAGUAUAAAUUGGAGGGAAGGCUUGUGUCCUCUUUAAAGCCACUAGAGGGCACCUUGGACAUUGGUCUGCUUUCUGGGCCUCGGGUAUCCAAGACUGACACAUGUCUUUUCAAAAUGGCAGACAGCCAUAGUGAAAGUACUAUUUUAGCAGAAGAUCUAUGUGGAAAACAGAAAACCACAGAGAAACUGAAAAGUCAACAUGCAGGGACUUCUGGGACACUUAACCAUAAGGGCAAUGUGUAUUUGAGCAGUAAAACCAUUACAAAAGAAGAGUCCAUUUCAAAUAAGGACUCUACAAUGAGUCCUGCUUGCAAUGAGGCCUUGCAUAAUAGAAAUACAUUUAUUGAUGGCAUGAAGGUUCAGUAUACGACCACCAAAGUGGAGUCCAUAGACACAAGUGUGAAAUCGGAGACUAGACUAAAGACAACUCAGGAGAUGAGAACUGCACUACACAGUGCUCACUUUGCAUGUGGGAAAACGCCCUCCAUCAGGGAAGUCAGCAAUGAAGACCAGGAAGACGACAUGGAAAAUAUAGAGGAUGAAUCUCCAAAGCAAAAUGAAACUCAGCAGACACAACCAGUCCUUGGUAAAACCAAUCAUCCUGAAGAAUUCCUAGUGUCUUCUGCUUCUGUUAUUGCUCAACUCAACUCUGUCCAGCAAAACCCAGGAGCAAAUUCUGGCAAAAAUAAUAGUAGGCUGAGCAAGACACCAACUAGUUCACACAGUUCAACAAUGUCUACUGAGAAGGAUAGCAUAAAUAAAGACAAACCAGCCGAUACAAAGACCACUGCAGUGAUAAAGCAGAUCUGUUCAUCAGAAGAUGUUAUGGACAAUGCAGGUGCAACAUCAAACCCAACUGUGGCUGCAACCAAGACUCUGAUAGAUAGAAAGGAUAGGGCUGUUAGCACCAAAGUCUUUCUUGACAUCAAUCCAGAGCAUCUUCAAGACUUGAAGGAAAGCAAAACAUCUAGCAGAGUGAAAAGUUUAAACAAAAAUGUAGAGUCUGCACUGGGAGACCGAGCUGAUGUUGCGCCAACCGCAGCUGCUGACUCAGGGCAGGUUAAACCAGAGAUGUCUGUCAAAGGAACAGCGACCAUCCCACAGUGUGUUUCUUUAGCUUCAUCAGUCACAACAUCCAUUGUGUCUUCCGUCUCUGCACCAGCAGAUGCACCUGAGACCCUUAUAAUUAAAAGCUCAUUUUCUCCCAAGUCUAACCUUCAAAGAAAAACCACAUCAUUUGCCAUUGCUGCCCCGUUGGAGGACAUGCCUGCUACGGAUUCAAAAUCCAAUGCCUGUGCAAGCACCACCCCACAACUUUCUGGGUUGGCUGAAGUAAAAACAACCAGCAUCCAACCUCCACAGUCUGAUCAGACUUGUGCCAAAAUUUCAAGCUCUGUUGACUUGGCUAAUGGACAGACAGCAAGUAUUUCAGUUCAACUUUCCAAACAAAUCUCAGACAGAACACAAAAUUCCUGUGCAUCAAGUAGGAGCAGAGAAUUCAGUGCGGAAACCCAUCAGUCUCAACAGGGCUUAAACAAAAAACAACAUGCAGACAAAGUAAAUCCGGAGGAGCCAAAUAGACAAUCCAGUUUAAUGGCGAAGGAUAUUGAAAACAUGUCAGCAUAUGAAGUCAAAAUGGACUCAAGAGAUAAAAUGGCCUCUAAGAAGGACUUCAGAUGCAGUGUAAGUGAAAAGAUUACCUGUGCCUCUAACCCUUCAGUCAAAGCUGAAGUUUCAAAUAGCUGUGAAAAGCGGGAAGCCAUCUUCAGAAGCCAAGUAAACACAUCAAAGGACACGGGUGCAAGCCCACCAAAGACUAGAAGUUUUGACACUUCAACAAAAGACACUGUGCAUGUGCAGUCUGCUAUUAAAACACAAGAAAAACUGAAAUUCAAGAGUGUCCUUGAUGUAGAGACUGAGAAGGUCAAUAAGCAAGUUAUGGACAUGUCCAUUGCAGAGACAAGUCCAGCACAGACUGCAAUAAAACAGACGCAACCAUCUGGUAGUUCUGUAUUAAAACAAACCCCACUGAGUUUGAAAAACAAGCCCAGAGUAGACUCGCCGCUUGUUAUGCAAUCUAUUGGGAAGGCAGCUGAAGAUAAGGGAAAGCAGGAGAACAUAGCACAGCUACAGCCCAUUGUCAAAGACAACUUGGUAAAACCAAAGGAGCUAAGAGAGUCAGUCUUUUCUAAGCCCAAAUCUCAGCCUCCCAAAGAGACCCACACUGGUUCUCGAGGUGGCUCCGUGCCGGUGUUGCCUGUACCAGCUGUUAAAAUCCAUUUGUCUAGUGGGCUUCCUCCUGGUAAGAACAGCGCUGCUGUAGUUGAAAUACUCAGACCUUCCUCAGAGGAACAAGUGAAGUCCAGAAUUGACGUUCCGAUUUCAGCGUCUUUGAAGGGCUCCAGCACAAGUGAUCCCAUACGGACAACUACUAGUACUGUUUCCAGUCCUGACCUUAAACAUGCCUCAAGUGAGUCAAAGGUGACUGACAAACAGAUUUCAUCCAACCGAAAAGAGCAAGUGGAAAAGAAGAGAAAGGAUACUCAAGAUACAUCGUCAGCAUCCAAAACUAACCGCAAAGACUCAUCAAGAGGCGUUCCUUUGGCAAAGGAUAGUACUACUAUCGAAAAAGAUUCAGUCCGUUCUAAACAAACAAAGGAUACGCAACGUGGUUCAACUUGUAAAAAGUGAUGUAUUGUAAUGUAGUUGCCAGGCGUAUUGAAUUUUAAAAAGACUAUAAGGAUGUAUAUGUUUUGUCUAUAUGUAAUAUCAUGAAGCCUUCUUAUCUGAGGACCGGUGAAGCUGUUACUUUGGGUUUUUAUAAGAAACCAGAGAUGAAUUUGUUUGUUUGUUUGUUUGUGUUGUGAUCUAUAAUGCUUUGUCUAAAAAAAAGUGUAGGCUGAAUGUUGACUUUUUUUGCUGCUGGUUUGUGGUCUUAGAUCUCGCAAAACACCAAAAUUAGUCAUUGUAUUGUGCUGCGGUGUGAUGUAACGAGUGGCGUGUGCAAUAACUGGGGAGAGAUGGAGUGUAGAUGCCUUUUUUUAGGAUUUAAUGAACUGUGCCAAUCUUGGUUGAGUGUAAUUGUUCCAAACAAAAAGCACCUCAAAAUUCAGAGCUGAAGGUGCAUGUUAACUGACUGUGUAAAAAAAAAAAAAAAAAAAAAAAAAGUGUAUUUGAUGUAUUUAAAAACCACUAGGAAAAAUAUAUGUAGCAGUGGUGCUAUUAAUGUGGCUUACACUCUGCAAGAACAGAUCCUUUUUGUUUUCUUUUUUUUUUUUCUUUUUUUGACCUUAUCAGCAAAGUUUUGUUUUGGGUAGUGUUGCACAGAGGGAAAGCACUUUGUCCUGUGCUUCUCACCUGGAACUAUUUUAUAUUGGAAUCAUCUUAUGGUUCUGGAAUCGUAGUGGAAGGGGCCUUAAGAGGGUUUUUUUUCUUUUCUUUUUUUUUGGGGGGGGGGGGGUGAUUUAGCUUGCUGUUCUUAGCAGGUCAUGGUGAAAUUCACAUUCCUUUCACAUACAUUUCUAAGGAUUCAUUUUUAUGCAAUAUACUGUAAAUAGAGCAGCAUUAAUUGUACAGCGGGGACGGUUGAAAAUGAGUGUUGUAUGUUUUAUAUGUAUAUAUUUUGUUACGUAAUAUGUUUGUAUAUUGUACUUAAUGUUGGUCUCCUAGUGACGUAUCUGCUCAGUAAUUGUGCUGAUAUAGAGUCAAGAGUCUAUCUAGCAGAAUAAUGAAAGUCUCACUCUGAAAUGAAGUGUACUUGAAGUUUCAAUAAGGUAUGUAGGGGUUAACCACACGCAUUUUCAGAAAUGUACUUUAGUGAGGCAGCAGAGUUGCUCUCCAAAUGUUCGUCAUACUUGAUGCCACUAACAAGGAAAUCAUGCAUUUACAUAAAAACAGGGACAAGGCAGAUGUAGCACAUUACAUAAAAGGCAAGUUUCAGAGACUGAAGGAUUACCCCAAGUUUGCUACUAUGUAGAUUAUACAAUCUGUUUUUUUUUUUUUCAAAAAAAAAAGAAAAAUCUCAAGCUUUUAAGGCUAACAUUUGGCAUACAGGAAUGUGAAGUAUUUCCCCUGGUUUGGUUAAAAGGGCUUAUACAGGGAUAAUCAAAUGCGCUUUAGCAACACUUGUGGUAUGGCAGGGUUUCACUGCAUGUUCGUUCUUCACGUCCAAUCAGUUUCUUACAUAUUCAUAUGCAAAGUACAACACUUACAAAUGGGAAUUGUGUAAUACUUUAUUAAAUGCAUUUGUGCUAUUAACAUCUCUAGUCACGUAAUAGGACUGCUAAGUGCAUAACUUUUGAAACCUUUCAAAGCUCUCUUUGCUUUUUUAAAGGUUUUGUCCAAACGUUAAAAAGCAUAUUCGUCAUUAUUUCUGCUUGAUUUGACCUUCAGGUAGUUGCAUUGUAACCACUGAAGGUUAGCAUCACAACAGAGAAGAGGACGAAUCAUUGUGUCUUUUGAUAUUUGGUCUUAACUUUAAACCUGCUUUAACUCUGCUGGUGUGUAUACAUCACGCACCAACUUAAAGUAAAGCGAACUGUGUAUCUAGGUCAAUUUCAGCAUACUUUAUAUUGUGAAACAUCUAGGCUAUGUUACAGUAUGAUAUUGAAGGAUUUGCGAUUAAUGUUUUAAUGUAAACAGCAUAUAUCUGAGCUAAACACACAAAUGUUCAUAAGUAAUUAAACAACGAAUGCACCAUUUAAAGAAUCUAUACAUAUAAAGAUUUUAAAGCGUAUUAGCAGACUGCAGUUUCUGUUCCUUAUAGACUUUAAAAAUGUAGUUUAGGAGGUCUAAAGAAAACACGAUGCUUAUUGGGAAUUUGGGGGAGAGAUUCUAAGCAAACAUAAUAGAAACCUCAAUGAUAAAACGAUAAGGUUUUAUAGGACAUAUGCAUUGUCUGUUCUCAAAAUAUAAAUAGUAACCCCAGGCAUUUAUGUUGUUGGUGUUUCUUUUCCUUCUUCCCUUUUCUGACUAUUAAUAUUUGAAUCCUUAAAGAAGCACAUUAAAUGUUUGUUUACAACUACUUCAUGGAUGUAUAUUUUGUACAUUUUGUGUUAUUUGCCAAGAUCGAUGUGUGUGUGUGUGUGUGUGUGUGAGUUCCUCUUAGAGGACACUUGCUGUUGAAGGCUGUUGGUGUGGAAGCCUAAUUGUGGUCUUUCCAGUUCAGUAUGUUCUUGCUUGUUUUUCUGUCGUUUUCUUUCCUCUCUAUGUGUGAAACGAGUGUUUAUGUAGAUGACUCUGCUUAUCAUUGUCUUUUAGGAUCUGUGCAAUAAAAGAUGUGGUUUUGAGUUUUGUACAUUACCCACAGAAAGCUCUAUGGAUGUCGUAGAUGUUGUCUACAAAUAUUUAUACUUCUAAUGUUGCAUAAUACCGAAAAUAAAGCAUGUCCAAAU